UCGGCUCGGCUCGGCUCGGCUCGGCUCGGCUCGGCUCGGCUCGGCUCGGCUCGGCUCGGCUCCCCCUGCGCGGGCCCCGGAGUUACAUUGUUGGAGUUUGCCACAACUCCGCGGCCUCGGCUGCGCGGGGCCGCCGCUGCGGGGCCGCUGCGGGGCUGCAGCUUCCCCGCUGCCUCCUCCUCCUCCCUUCCUCCCUCCCUCCUCCUCCUCCUCCUCCUCCCCGUGGGUGUUUUUUUUUUCCUCCCCUCCUCCCCUCUCCCCCCGCGCUGAUUUCCCUCCCCUCCGCCCGCCCUGCCUGUGUGUUUUCGCCGCCGCGCUCGCCGAGCCCCUUGGCAUGAGUUAAGCACCAGCCAUGGACACCAAACACUUCCUGCCGCUGGAUUUCUCCAACCAGGUGAAUUCCACGUCCCUGAACUCCCCCACGAGCCGGGGGCCCAUGGCCACGCCGUCCUUGCACCCGUCCAUCGGGCCGGGCAUCGGCUCCUCGCUGGGCUCGCCGGGCCAGCUGCACUCGCCCAUCAGCACCCUGAGCUCGCCCAUCAACGGCAUGGGCCCCCCCUUCUCCGUCAUCAGCUCCCCCAUGGGGCCACACUCGAUGUCUGUCCCCUCCACGCCCAGCCUGGGAUUCGGCACCAGCAGCCCUCAGCUCAACUCGCCCAUGAACUCCGUCACCAGCACAGAAGACAUCAAGCCACCCCUGGGGCUCAAUGGAGUCCUCAAAGUGCCAGCACACCCCUCAGGAACGAUGGCCUCCUUCACCAAGCACAUAUGUGCCAUCUGCGGGGACAGAUCUUCGGGUAAACAUUACGGGGUUUACAGCUGUGAGGGCUGCAAAGGCUUCUUCAAGCGCACGGUGCGGAAGGACCUGACCUACACGUGCCGGGACAACAAGGACUGCCUGAUCGACAAGCGCCAGCGCAACCGCUGCCAGUACUGCCGCUACCAGAAGUGUCUGGCCAUGGGCAUGAAGAGAGAAGCCGUGCAGGAGGAGAGGCAGCGGGGCAAGGACCGCAACGAGAACGAGGUGGAGUCCACGAGCAGCGCCAACGAGGACAUGCCCGUGGAGAAGAUCCUGGAGGCUGAGCUGGCUGUGGAGCCAAAGACAGAGACCUACAUCGAGGCAAACAUGGGCCUGACCCCCAGCUCGCCCAAUGACCCGGUGACAAACAUCUGCCAGGCAGCGGACAAACAGCUCUUCACCCUGGUGGAGUGGGCCAAGAGGAUCCCCCACUUCUCCGAGCUGCCCCUGGAUGACCAGGUCAUCUUGCUCAGAGCAGGGUGGAACGAGCUGCUGAUUGCCUCCUUCUCGCACCGCUCCAUCGCCGUGAAGGACGGGAUCCUGCUGGCCACGGGGCUGCACGUGCACAGGAACAGCGCCCACAGCGCCGGCGUCGGGGCCAUCUUCGACAGAGUACUGACAGAACUGGUGUCCAAAAUGAGGGACAUGCUGAUGGACAAGACAGAGCUGGGCUGCCUGCGAGCCAUCGUCCUCUUCAACCCCGACUCCAAGGGGCUGUCGAACCCGGCGGAGGUGGAGGCGCUGCGGGAGAAGGUGUACGCGUCGCUAGAGGCUUACUGCAAACACAAAUACCCCGACCAGCCCGGCAGGUUUGCCAAGCUCCUGCUCCGCCUCCCAGCCCUGCGAUCCAUCGGCCUGAAAUGCCUGGAGCACCUCUUCUUCUUCAAGCUAAUAGGGGACACGCCCAUCGACACCUUCCUGAUGGAAAUGCUGGAAGCGCCGCACCAAAUGACUUAGAGAACUCUGCUGGGUCAGUCCCUCGCCUGGCCGGGCUCCCUGGGGGCCCUUCCUCUGCUUUCCUCGGCCCCAGCCCGUGUCCCUCCCUGCCGCCCCCAGGGCCACAGGCACCGUCUGCUCCGGGGCACCCCCGGCCUCCUCCUCCCUGUCCGUUCGCUGUCACUGCUGCGUCUCCAGACCUGCUCGCUGGUUCCCUGUGCUACUUGUAGAGAGGAGUGGGAGCGGAGAGAGCUUUGCCAACCCCUGCCCCCCCCCAGCCGUGCCAUGAGGUUUGGGAUGAGCCACCGCGGGGCUGGUGUCACCCCCAGCCCUCCCCUGGGGACAAGGACAGUGCCAGCCCUCGGGGGCAGUGGGGUUUGGACGAGCCCGAGGGGAUUGGUUUGGACUCUGCCAGAUUUGCAGCUGGGCUAUUUUCAGAGGAUGGGGUUUUUGAAAAAAAAAAAAAAAAGAGAGAGAAGAAGAAGAAAAAAAAAAAAAAAAAAAAAAAAAUUUCUAUUUUUGGUUUCUAACUAUUCUUAGUAGUCUCGGUUAGUUACUUUGCGGAGGGAGAGGCCGUGCCCCCUGAAUGAGUCACCCCUGGCUGCACAGAGCCUUCUCCUUCCACUUCAGAGCAUUUGGAAUUGGGCUGAAUCCCCCCCCAAGCACGGCGGCUGUGGCACAGGAAAUGCUCUUUGGCCACCCCGGAGAGCACCCGGGCAUCGCUGCCCACCCCAGAGGUGUGGACAUGAGCCAGCUGCAGUGCUUGCUUUAAGGCUGCCAGGGACUCCCCAUGGCCCUUCCCCAGCUCCUGGGGGCUUGCUGGGACCCCUGGCCUCAGCACAGCAUCCCAGUACAUCCCAGUGCUGCCCCAGCACAUCCCAGCGCUGCCCCAGCAUCCCACCGUGACCCCACUCCGGGGUUUUGGGGUUUCGGCUCACCCAGGAGGCUGCUCCUGUUCCUUCAGCCCUGCCAAACACUGCAAGGCAACAAUUAGUGGGAGGGCUCGGCCAGGCUGGUUAAUUGCAGCUGUUAAUUAGUGGUGAAGCAAGAACAGGGCUCCCCCUCCCCUGGAUCUCCCCCGUGGGGGUGGGAGGGCCUGGCUGGGUGGGGGAUGUGGCAGUAGCAUCAUCCCUGUCCUCUCCAGGAUUCUGAGAGCACCAAAAGCACCUUGGCUUUUGCACAACCCUUUCCUUGAGUCUUGGUGACAGGAUUUUGGGGGUUAGGGACAGGAAUGUGCCCAAGCCCCACGGGGUGGGAUUCCCCCAGGAGUGUGUGGCCAGCGAGGGAGCCAUUCCCCUUCACUUCCCUCCUCAUCUCCUGUGCCCCCACCAAAAACACGAGAAAAAACAAAGCAGAGGGAAUGAUGAGGGAUGUUGGGAAGGUUUCCCCUCCUUGGCAGGAUGGACACACUGUGCCUGUGGCCAAGGGCUUCCCCACCACUUCCAUGUGCUCUGUGCUUUAAAAAGCAAAGGAUGAGGUCCCAAAAAUCUCUUCUUGCUCCCCAUGGUUUGCAGCUGGUUGAAAACUCCUUUGUUCCUGGAGGGAGAUGGAGCAGCACCCACCACCUCACUCCCACUUCUGUUUUGGAGGGGACACUGUUGCCCCGUGCCUGUUGCCAUCCCAGCUGGCAGCUAGGGUGCCCAGCUCCAUCCCCUGCAGCUCCAAAAUAAAAAAAACCACUCAGGAUUUAGGAUUUCAGGGGCAGCUCCCCCUGGGGCUGGCCCGAAGUGGCGAAUCGGCAGAGGCAGGCAGAGCCUUGGCUCUGUUUCCCCAGCAGCCUGCAAGCCACUGAAAAUAUUAUUAAACAGCUUCACCCUGCAAGAAUUUGCCAAGAAAACGAGGCAGGAGAAAUGAAAUCUGGCGAGGGUGCCAGGAAACACGAGCAGGCUGUUCCCUGCCAGCGCGGGGCUGGCGCAGCCUCAGGGAGGUGGAGGAGCCCCCAGCCCCGAGCCCACCCAGCCCCUGGGCAGCCCCCAGGCCCCGGCAGAAAGGAGCUUGGCACAGAGGAGAAGCUUUGGGGAGGUUGGUGGAUGUUGCACUAGGAUAAACCCGCUGGUCUCUGGUGGGUUGAGCCACUUUUUACCUGGGGGGUGGCUGGGGAGGGGCUCUUGGGCGCUGUGGUGGCUGCAAGGUGGUGCAGUGGGAGCUGCCAUCCCAUCCCAUCCCAUCCCAUCCCAUCCCAUCCCAUCCCAUCCCAUCCCAUCCCAUCCCAUCCCUUUCCAUUCUGUCACGUUCCAUUGUCUUCUAUCCCAUUUUUCCCCAUCUGUCCCCAUCCCAUCCCAUCCUCAUUAGCGUCUGACCUUACAAAGCCAAGGGGGAGGCUCUGCAGGCCCCAAGCUCCAGGUCAGGCUCAUCCCCGUGCCUCAGUUUCCCUGCUGGAGCAGCACAGCCCCAAUCCAUGCCCAUGGUGGAGGGGAUUUUGGGAAAGGCUGAGCCUUGUCCUGGGGAUUUCACUUCUCAGUGGUGAAAGGGAGUUGGGAUUCCCUGGGCCCCCACAGCCCAGCCCAGUCCCUCCAUCCUCAUCCCAGCCCUUCCCGUGCUUUUGUGUGUUGGGAACGGCCAGAGCAGCCUUAAAGCAACGAGCUUUGCAUGAGUUUGAGCCUUUCCUUUGUAUUCUUUUCACUUCGGGCUUGUAUUUGUUGUUGUUGUCCUCAUCACGAUAAGGCUGAGUGUGGAGAGGUGAGCCUGGCUGAAGGGAAACAAAAGGCACAUUAUUCCCUGGAGAGAUAGGACUGGAUUUCACCAGCUCUCUGUGCUCUUGCAAAAAUCUGCUUCCACUGGGGUGAUCUAUUUGUAAUGCUUAUUUUAAUUCCUUUUUUUUUUUUUGUUGUGUGGGACAAUCUUUAAUUUUCUAAAGAUAGCACAAACAUCAGCCUUUCAGCCAGCUGCUGCACCCCUCGCUGCAUGUUGCACCCACCCCAUACCCAAUCCCAAUCCAGCACAUCCCAAACCCCCCAUGGCAAUGCCCAGCUUCCCUUGGCACUGCAGCUGCCCAGGAGUGGCCCUGGGGCUGGGAAACGCUGAGCCCUGGCCCUGCUGAGCCCUCUGUGGCAGCGGGGACAGCCCUGGGCUGGGCUGCUGAUCCCAAAACCGCGCUGGGGAGCUGAUCCCAAAAGCAGGCUGAGGAGCUGACCCCAAAACCAGGCUGGGCUGCUGAUCCUAAAACCAGUCUGGGGAGCUGCUGAUCCCAAAAGCAGUCUGGGGAGCUGACAACCCCAAAGGCAGGCUGGGGAGCUGCUGACCCCACAGAAGGCUGGGAGCUGACCCCAAAACCAGGCUGGGAGCUGUGCUGUCCCCAAAGCCAGGCUGGGAACUGUCCCCAAAGCCAGGCUGGGGCUGUGCUGUCCCCAUCACUGCAGGCUGGCUGGCUGGGCUGGGUGGGUGUCUGUGUGUCCGUGUAUGUACUGUAGAUAUCGACACUGUAUAAUACCCCACUCACAUAUACACUUAGAGAACUGUAGCAAUUACAGACUUUUCCUGGCUUUUUGUGGUUUAAGUCAAUUUUUUUUCUUGGAUUUUUGUUUUGGUUUUUUUUUUUCCUCUCCUGGCUUUUUAUUUUGGUUUUUUUUCCCCGUGUUUUGCUUCCAUUGUAUCUGAAUCCCUUUCCGAAUUGGCAGAUGCCAAAUCUGGAUUUUUAUUCCUCGAGACAAAGGAACUGCAUCUAUUUUAAGAUGCCUUUUUGUUUUGUUUUUCUUCUUUUUGUUUCCUUUUUCUUCUUUUCUUUUGUUUUUCCUCUUUUAUUUUGUUUUUUUCUUUCCUUUCUUUUAAGCAGGUGGUUUGGAGUAAAGAAUAGCUUUAGCAAUUCCCAAUACUUAGCGAUGGAUGCCUUGGCUAUGGGAUACAUAGACUAAAAAAAAGACAUUAAAAUUUAGAAUGACCAAAAAAGAAAGAUAAAAGAUAAGGAAAAAAAUAUCUAAAGCAUCAAUAAAGUUAAAAAUCUAUUUUUGUACAAAUGUAAUUUUAUCCCUUACCGUAUCCUUGGAUAUUUUCUUUCCUGGAUUGUUUUGUUUCUUCUACAGAGAUUGUUAUAAACUCUCUCUACUUUUUCUCUCUUUCUCUCUGUAAGUGUUCAGCCACAGGGAUCUGGAGAAGAGGGAGAAACUUCUGACCGUGUUUUAAAGGCUUUAUAUGAAAUCUCUUUUGAAAUAAUUUUUUUGAAUGAACUUUUUAUUUUUUUUUUC